AUGUUCAACAAACGGCUCGAGCCGGUAGAUGGCGAUGGCGGUGGUCGUCCUGGUCUGGUGCGAGCGUCGUCAGCACCGGCGGCAACGACGGCAGGGAGCGAGGGGGCUGAGGUGGUGUCGAUAGGUCCGUCGUCUCUCUCGACGUUCACGCAGCAGGUUGCGGGACACAAGGGCGAGGACCAGAUGCUGCUGGACGAGAGCGGCCGCAGCAUUUUCAAACCCCUUAACAGGCAGGAGGCACGCUUCUACGACCUCCUCAAAACCCAUCUCACCUCUCCAUCCUUUCCGGCCCACUUCUUUCCUGGAUUUCUUGGCACUACCAACCACAACGGCAGAGAAUAUAUACAACUGGAGAACUUGACGUAUGGCAUGAAGCAGCCCUGCGUAUGUGACCUCAAGAUGGGCGGCAACUCCAAGGGAACGAACGCAGAGGCGGGGAUCGUGAAGGGGUUCAAGCAAAACGUGGUGAAGAGCAUCACCACGUCGCGCACCCUCGGGUUCCGCAUCGUGGGCCUCCGCUCCUACCAGGUCGACACAGCGACCUACAUCUCCAAAAGCGACGCCAUCCCGGACCACUUCAUCUUCCGGUCGUCGUCCAUCCUGCUCUUGUACGACGGCGACAACGACAACGGCGAAGGAGGAAUGGUCGAUGUCAAGAUGAUUGACUUCGCACACUCGUAUGCCCAAGAGGAGAAGGGGAAGAUCGAUGAGGAGUACUUGCACGGCAUGCGGCACCUGCGCCGCAUACUGGAGGAUCUCUACAAGCGGGAGAGUCUCGUGGGUGGAUCCACCGCCGGCGGUCUGGUAGCCACCACCCUCGAACGCCGACGCGGUCGACGACGACAAAGCCCACGCGGCGACAACAGCCACCAAGACCUGCUGCGCGACCUAGAGUCUUCUCUGGCAGCGGACGGCGAGGCCGAGCCGGACCCGGGCGAGGCCGAUCCGGAGUUUCACGCCACGUGGCUCAUCGCCGCGCACCCGCUCGCCUUCGCCCACUUCUUCUUUCGCUUCGUUAUCCCUUGA